AUGGGUGUCGGUACCCAGAAUGAGGCUCGGCUCUUAGUAGGUCAGGUGAUCUGCUUGAGGUACCAGAAUGAGGCUUGGCUCUUAGAAGGUCAGGUGAUCUGCUUGAGGUACCAGAAUGAGGCUUGGCUCUUGGAAGGUGAUAAUAAAGUUAUGCUCACCUUAUCUUCAGAGCCAGCUUGGUCUCAGACUGGGUCCUGGAGCCUCUCCACACCACCCCCCAGGUUGCAGAGCCCGUAUAGAAUGGAUCAGGACGUUCUGUCGGUGCGCACAGCGGUCUCUGAUGCUCUCACUGACCUGUCGAAUAUCUCAGAUGGCGAUAGAUUGGUGGAUAUCCUGACCAGCACCAAGCGUUACCUUGGCCAGGGUGAGAAUCCAGCAACGGCACAGGAGAUGGCUGAAUUCUAUAGAACACAUUACACCCCUUUUCUUAGGUUUUUGGUGGCUAAAAUGGGCCCCCAGUGGAUGGACCUUCUGACGUCAAAAUAUUUGGACCUGUGGGACAGUUUCUUCCUGGAGGGCCCUGCAGACCAAGCCUUCCUGGUGCUGAUGGACAGUUUGGGGCAAACAGGGCCUUCUGCUCGCCUGGAUCGCUGUGUUCACGUUCUUGAGAAAUUCGUGCAGCGCGGGGCCCUGGCGGAAGUCAUCUGGGAGAUGUGUGAGCAGCAGCUGGAAGCCACUCCGACGCCUGUCUUGCAUGAAGCCAUCUUGGCAAAAAUCUGUAACUUGCCUGACCACGUGGCCAACUGUCUGCAAAAGCAUAACAAGUCGGUCUUCUAUUCGCAAAACUACUUUCCUCGCGUCGGAAAUGCCAUACUGAAAGUGCUGCAGAUGGUGUCUGUGUCUUUAAGAGAUGGGAAAGGCUGCUCUAUCAAUUUUGUGUCCCAGAUUCUGGGCAAAGUCUGCAUGCAAGGCCGGCAAAGGGAGCUGUUUUCUGUUCUGCUACCACGCCUGAUUGCCCAGGUCCAAUCAGAUUGUAUCUGGCAGAGGAUUUGCUGGAGAUUGGUGGAGUCGGUUCCUGACAGGUGGAUGGAGCCUGUGGUCACUGGACUUGCACAAAUGGCACCUGGACCUUCUGCUCUUUCCCAGUUAUUGGGAGAUCUGGUUUUGAAAAAUAAGAAGACCCAGUUCAUUCUCACACAGAAGCUGCUGUUCCUGCAGUAUGGUUACAAGAAUGAGAUGCUGCAAACGAUUCUGGGAUAUCUGGCCAUGGAAAAUAGUCGGCGGACAUUGUUGGUGAAGGUUUUCGGGGAGCUUCUGGAAGUUUGGUCAUCGGGUAGCAUGGUAAAACACUCGCCUUACCCCCAAAUGCUGCAUCUCAGUCGUUGUAUCUUCAUCUGCAUAAGUCUUCUGAACAAACAGGAACUGGAGGGUUGCAAACAAGAGCUUCUGCAUGCUCUGACCUCUGGCACUCGUCUAUACCUGGACAGUUCUCUUCCUCCAGUCAGGUGUUUGGGAAUGGUAGUCGCGGAGUGCCUGAGCCGACAAAUCGAUCCUGAAGGUCCCAGUCUUUCUUUUCAGUAUGAGGCGGACGAUGACAUCAGAGAUUUGAAGUCACUACUAACCCCUCCAUGUAUCUGUCCGUCAGACCCUCCAGAUCCUGUGAAGACUUCAUCUGCGAGUUCUGCAGUCCCAGCCUCUAAGAAGGAAGUGAAACACCAGGAAGAACCCAAAACCGAUACUGGGUCAGAAUCAGAACUGGAUAGGAGGUGCAAUGCUAGUUCUGAGCCCACCAUCAGCCUUAGAAGAGGCCUAAACCUGUUUCCCUGCAGCUCCUCUUCUACAUGCCCCCAAACCUUGAAUUUUGCAGUUUUCGGGGAGCUUCUGGAAGUUUGGUCAUCGGGUAGCAUGGUAAAACACUCGCCUUACCCCCAAAUGCUGCAUCUCAGUCGUUGUAUCUUCAUCUGCAUAAGUCUUCUGAACAAACAGGAACUGGAGGGUUGCAAACAAGAGCUUCUGCAUGCUCUGACCUCUGGCACUCGUCUAUACCUGGACAGUUCUCUUCCUCCAGUCAGGUGUUUGGGAAUGGUAGUCGCGGAGUGCCUGAGCCGACAAAUCGAUCCUGAAGGUCCCAGUCUUUCUUUUCAGUAUGAGGCGGACGAUGACAUCAGAGAUUUGAAGUCACUACUAACCCCUCCAUGUAUCUGUCCGUCAGACCCUCCAGAUCCUGUGAAGACUUCAUCUGCGAGUUCUGCAGUCCCAGCCUCUAAGAAGGAAGUGAAACACCAGGAAGAACCCAAAACCGAUACUGGGUCAGAAUCAGAACUGGAUAGCGAUGAUGACCUGACUCCCUAUGAUAUGAGUGCAGACACUGAGCUGAAAAAGAACAAAACGCCGGCGUAUAUUCGGGAUUGCAUGGAAGUAUUGUUUUCAGAGGAUGUGGAGAAGCUGGAGGUAACAAUGUCUUCACUGGCCAGCUUGAUCCGCUCAAAUUCUGCUGCCACCAAAGAGGUCAGUACAGAACUCGCCAAAAUUCUCUUACAUCUUGAUGACCGUCCCGGAGUAGAAAAUUUUACACAGCUGAGGUUUGCCGCUAUGGUUGCCGUCACCGUUACUGAUCCUGUGCCGGUGUCGCAGUAUCUUACUGGGGAAUUCUACUCCUUAAACUACAGCCUGCGACAGAGGAUGGAUAUAUUGGAUGUACGUAUGCCUCAGUAUCACAUCAUUGAGUUUUGCGUUGGCUAUCAAAUGCAUCAUUCCAGCAUGGAGUUCGUUUGCUUGCACAGUGCUUGUACUCUGAAAAAGAACAAAACGCCGGCGUAUAUUCGGGAUUGCAUGGAAGUAUUGUUUUCAGAGGAUGUGGAGAAGCUGGAGGUAACAAUGUCUUCACUGGCCAGCUUGAUCCGCUCAAAUUCUGCUGCCACCAAAGAGGUCAGUACAGAACUCGCCAAAAUUCUCUUACAUCUUGAUGACCGUCCCGGAGUAGAAAAUUUUACACAGCUGAGGUUUGCCGCUAUGGUUGCCGUCACCGUUACUGAUCCUGUGCCGGUGUCGCAGUAUCUUACUGGGGAAUUCUACUCCUUAAACUACAGCCUGCGACAGAGGAUGGAUAUAUUGGAUGUUUUGGCAUCAGCUGCUCAGGAACUUUCCGAUACGACAGCCGUCAUAAAACCGGUAGCCUCUGAAGCAAAGACUGGAGAUCCCCAUUCAUCUAGUCACUCUGUAGGGACCUAUCGGUGUGAGGCACCAGUUGAUUGGAGGAAAGUUGUGGAGGAGAGGAUUGCGAGCAAGACCAGGCGCUUUGCUAAGGGUCAGACAAGAGACACCCCUGCUCCAACCCCGAACAGAUAUCAUGCUGUCGCUGGAUACUUUUUCUUCCCUCUCAUCCAGAACUUUGACAGGCCUGUUAUCACCUUUAACCUUCUGGGUGAAGACCAUCUCAUCCUUGGAAGACUGAUACACACACUGGGCAUAUUGAUGCACCUGGCACAGCACGCCACGGUGGUGUCUCAAAUGGGGAAAGCGCUGUUGGAGUUUGUGUGGGUCCUUCACUAUCAUACUGACCCUUUUGUCAGACAAGGUCUCCUCUUCUGUGUUUCCACCGUGCUGCUGAGUGUUCCUUGGGAGAGGCUUAUGACUGACAUGGCAGAAGAGGUCUUGGAAAUGAAAUGCUGGUUAGCAGAUGUGGCUGAGAUUGACCCCGAUGAUGACUGUCGCCAUCUUGCUGUGAAUGGCUUGCUUCUAAUGGACAAGUUAAGGAAUAACCUUCAACCAGCUCCCCUCGAGUGAUCUUCAGUGUGGACUUCUGAACCCAGAAUUUGUGAACUGCAUUAAUAACGAU